CCAAGAUGCUAACCUACUAAAUUAAGUAUGGAAAGAGAUACUGAGACCUAAGCUUUGCUUCUGCUAAUUCCUCGGUGAGCAUGGAGGGAACUUUAUGGAGGGGAUUAAGUCCUGAGAGUUCAAGAGUCUGCAUUACUGCUUGAAAGUACUGCAAAGCAUUAACAGCUUGAUCAUCACAGAUACAUAUCUAUCAAUGGAGAAUGGCAUGAUGGAUAAAGUAUGAGCAGACUGAAACAAAGGCAAAAAAGACAACAAAAAUAGUAAAAAGAAAAGAAAACCAAAAAAAGUUUACAUCAAACCACAGCAUUACUGGAACAUCGUUGUUAGAAUAUUGUAAAAAUAUACUCAGAUCUUCUCCUAGCUACUCUCAAUUAUUAUAGUUUCUAGUAUCUCUGCCCUAGAGAUUGUAGUUAUUUUUAAAGGAGCAAGUUUAACCAGAAGAUAAGGAUAGGAAAAGCAAGGUCAAGCCAAGUGCCACUAUAUAACUCCAGAGAAACUGUUAAUGGAACAUUGUAGACUUCAUGGAAACUGCUCUAUUGAAAAGGGCUUUGAACAAGCAUUAUAAAACUAUGCCAAAUGCCGGAAAAGUCCUUGCUAAUGUCUCGACCAUUUCAUGUUCGAAACAAGUUUUGACACCUGUUGUGCCAGAUCGUCUACCAGAGGUAGUAGGUUUAAAUUCUGUCAUUAAAAUUAACUCCGGGAAGAAGAGACCUGGGACUGUGAUAGUUUCCAAAAGAUCAGAUACUGGUGUCAUGUCCCAGGAUCAGUGGGAUCGACCAGUCAUUCCACCAAGAAGACCUGGCUUCAAGGUGUGCUAUAUCUGUGGCAAAGAGUUUGGCUCACAGUCACUUCCUAUCCAUGAGCCUCAAUGUCUGGAGAAGUGGCACAUUGAAAACGAGCAGUUACCAAAACAUCUCAGAAGACCAGCGCCCAUUAAGCCUCAGACGCUUUCUGAAGGAUCUCAGGGUCUGAUGGCUGAAAAUGCAGCUGCUGCUCGAAGUCACCAAGCUCAGUUCCUCCCUUGCCCAAAUUGUGGCCGUACUUUCCUUCCUAGUCGUCUCUCUGUGCAUCAACGAAGUUGUAAAUCAAAGACAAGUUCGGGUCCCUCCAACUACAGUUCUCCAAAAUCAAAAGGUUACGGGCCAGCGUCUUCUGUGUCAGACAAGCCUGCAGUGAUAAGGCGACCCCCAACUGUCAUCUGUUACAUCUGUGGUCGUGAGUAUGGAACUCAAUCUAUAAGUAUCCAUGAACCACAGUGUCUUAAAAAAUGGCAUAUUGAAAAUGAUCAACUGCCAAAACAUUUACGAAGAUCUGAACCUGUGAGGCCAGUUGUCCAAUCCAUAGGAGCCAAAGGUUACUAUGAUCUUGAUGCUUUAAAUGAGUCUGCUUGGCAAAGUGCCCAGACCCAGUUAGUUCCAUGUAAUAUUUGUGGUCGUACCUUCUUGCCAGACAGACUGAUCGUCCACCAACGUUCAUGUAAACCGAAGACACCGAAAUAAAAGGCUCCUCCUUCCUAGACAAGGUUUUAAAGAACUAAAUUUUGCUUUGAUCUAGAUAGGUUUCAGCACUCCAUAGAAUCAAGUUGAAUGCUUGCCCUGUUGAAAUUACCCAGAUGUUGAUUAUGUAGGUGAAAUAUGGAAUAUGUCGCUUCUGCAGUGUUUUGCAACAGUGAAAAUGACUAUGUGGGCCACAAUCUGAAGGAUUUACAAGAACCUUUAGAAUGACUUCAAGACUGCAAAUGAUUACCAACCUUUUUACUACCACAGUCUCUAUUAAGAAGUGGCCAUGCCUGUUCACACAUCAGGAUUAAUAAAUCAUGUGUACUUAUUUUUAUUGAUUAAACUUAUGUUUAAAAGCUCUGUCUGCACAAAAUAAGGACAAUAAAAGCCUUCAGUAGUCUUCUUCAAAA